UCACCCCCCGCCGUCCUUUCAGCCUUCAACGUGACUGUGCGGAGUGACCGCCGGGGCACCUGCCGGGGCUCCCACGUAGCGCACGCCUGCGUGGGCUACUGCGAGUCCAGCGCCUUCCCCUCCCGCCACUCGGUGCUGGCGGCCAGCGGCUUCCAGCACAACAUCACGUCCGUCUCGCAGUGCUGCACCAUCAGCCGCCUGCAGAAGGUGAAGGUGGAACUGCAGUGCCCGGGGAGCCGGCGGGAGCGGCUGGAGAUCUUCACGGCUCGGGCCUGUCAGUGCGACAUGUGCCGCCUGUCCCGCUACUGAAGGGUCCCGGAGCCCUCCGGCCCCCUGAAGCCUCGGCUCCCCCCGCCCCCAGGCCCCAGCCUGCCCGGGGUGGGGGCGGGGCAGGGCCCUCCCCUCCCAGCUCUCCCCAAAUAAAGCGAGCAGCUCUGCA